AUGUCUUCAUACUACCAAUUCAACCACCACCAGGCGCAUCCCACCCCGGCUGUUCCCGGAGCCUCCCACAACCACCAUGGCGGCCGGAAUCGCAGGGCCCCCAGACUCUCCGUCUCCCAGAACCAGCAUAAGCAGUUCCGCGGCGUGCGCAGCAUGAAGGAGUUGACCGAGUCAGCCACCCUCAACGCUUUCCGCACAAAGUUCGAGGCCGGUCGCUCCUUCGAUCUCGAGGACGACAUGGAAUUCUGCCCUGGCCUGUUGACCGACAGCGACAUGAACUCCAUCCACAGCUCUUCUGAGCGCUCCUCCUUGGCGAGCAACUCGCCAGAGUCCUCGCCGACUCAGCAGCCCCAGACCAUCGCCCCUGGCUUCUCCCUCAACUCGUCUUCCCCAGCCUUCAUUCCUCCCGCCUACCAGCAGUCCGCCAUGAAGCUUCACCAGCCUUCCGCCACCCGCGCGCGCAAUGCCAUUCCCAUUGUCAACCCGGCUACCGGCAUCACCAUGUCGAGCCCUCCGCCUUCGGUGUCCCCGUCCAGGAUGCAGCAGAGCAUCCGCAGAUGGUAA